GAGCGGCGCCGCCAACGCCGCACGCGCAAACUUGGGCUCGCGCUUCCCGGCCCGGCGCGGAGCCCGGGGUGCCCGGAGCCCCGCCAUGUCGCGAUCCAACCGGCAGAAGGAGUACAAAUGCGGGGACCUGGUGUUCGCCAAGAUGAAGGGCUACCCACACUGGCCAGCCCGGAUUGACGAGAUGCCUGAAGCUGCAGUGAAAUCAACAGCCAACAAAUACCAAGUCUUCUUUUUCGGGACCCAUGAGACGGCAUUCCUGGGCCCCAAAGACCUCUUCCCUUAUGAAGAGUCCAAGGAGAAGUUUGGCAAGCCCAACAAGAGGAAAGGGUUCAGCGAGGGGCUGUGGGAGAUCGAGAACAACCCUACUGUCAAGGCUUCUGGCUACCAGUCCUCCCAGAAAAAAAGCCGAGUGCAAGAGCCCGCGCCAGAGCCUGAGGCCACAGAGGGUGAUGGUGACAAGAAGGGGAAUGCUGAGGGCAGCAGUGAUGAGGAGGGGAAGCUGGUCAUUGAUGAGCCAACCAAGGAGAAGAAUGAGAAGGGGGCACUGAAGAGAAGAGCAGGGGACCUGCUGGAGGACUCCCCGAAACGUCUCAAGGAGGCUGAUGACCCUGAAGGGGAGGAGAAGGAGGGUGAGAGACCUGUCCCUGUAGAGGUGGAGAAGAAUAGCACUCCCUCUGAACCUGGCUCUGGUCGGGGGCCUCCUCAGGAGGAGGAAGAGGAAGAAGAAGAAGAAGAAGAGGCUGCCAAGGAAGAUGCUGAGGCCCCAGGCAUCAGAGAUCAUGAGAGGUGA